AUGAACGGCCAACAAGAAGACGGGAUCAGCCUGUGCGAGAAGGCGCUCCACAUUGUCACCGAGCUCUGCUUCAGGGGUCUGGUGGAGCAGAAGCAAUGUUACGAAUUCAUCUUCAGCGGAGAGCGCAGGAAGUCUGGGAUCAGCGGAGCAGACAUUUCAGUCAGUCUGCUUGCUGUAGUCGUCAGUUUCUGUGGGCUGGCCCUGUUGGUAGUGUCUCUGUUUGUAUUUUGGAAGCUCUGCUGGCCAUACUGGAGGAACAAAGAUCUUACCUCUAAUGCAAAUAACACCCCUCAGCAAACAUCGAACGAUGCACCAGAGCCUGUGGAAGCGCCGGAGAAAAAGGAAAUUAAGGAGGUUAAAGAGAAUGGAAAGAACUCAGUCAUACUGUUGGCGACCGCCAUGAAGAUUAGCCAGACCUCUCCUGACAUACCCGCGGAGGUCCAAGCGGCACUCAAGGAGCAUCUCCUCAAGCACACGCGUGUGCAACGUCAGACUACAGAACCCACAUCCUCCUCCAGGCAUAACUCCUUUAGAAGGCACUUACCAAGACAAAUGCAUGUUUCAAGUGUUGAUUUCAGCAUGGACAGUUUACAGAGAGACAGUUUACAGAAAGGAGAGACAACCACUAGCAUUGGACGAAUUAAACCAGAGCUCUACAAACAGAAGUCAGUCGAUUCACAGGAUGGUGACAAAGAGGAUUUAAAAACCAGUGGAAAGUUAAACCUUACUCUUAAGUAUGAUUAUGAGAAUGAACACUUGAUUGUAACAAUUCUCAAAUCCUUGGACUUGCCAGCAAAAGACUUUUCUGGAACCUCAGACCCUUAUGUUAAAAUUUACCUGCUUCCAGAUCGGAAGAAGAAAUUCCAGACUCGAGUUCACAGAAAGACACUCAAUCCCAUCUUUAAUGAAACGUUUCAGUUUCCGGUGCCAUUGGACCAUCUCAACAACAGGAAGCUGCAUUUCAGUGUUUUUGACUUUGAUCGAUUUUCUAGACAUGACAUGAUUGGAGAGGUAAUUGUGGACAACCUGUUCGAGUUGUUGGACCUUCCCAAGGAAGACACAAUCUGGAGAGACAUCAUUUGUGUCCAAACAGAGAGCGUGGAUUUAGGGGAGAUUAUGUUUUCUCUUUGCUACCUUCCAACAGCUGGUCGAAUGACACUGACCGUCAUAAAGUGCAGGAACCUUAAAGCCAUGGACAUUACAGGAUUCUCUGACCCGUACGUUAAAGUGUCUUUAAUUUGCGAAGGACGAAGAUUGAAAAAGCGUAAAACCACCACAAAGAAGAACACUCUCAACCCAGUUUACAAUGAGGCCAUCAUCUUUGAUAUCCCUCCAGAGAGUAUGGAACAGGUCAGCCUCUCAAUUACAGUAAUGGACUACGAUCGCGUUGGUCACAAUGAAGUUAUUGGGGUUUGUCGAGUAGGACAAGAUGCGGAAGGGCUUGGACGAGAUCACUGGAAUGAAAUGUUGGCAUACCCUCGGAAACCCAUUGCCCAUUGGCAUCUGCUGGCAGAGGCACCAGAUCGAGCCACCAGCUUCGACAGUCAAGGAUCCUGUCCAUCUCCCAAACUGCCACCCACACCAUAGGAGCACUGCUUGUGCAAGGCUGAGUACCUCUGGAUAAUUACUGAAGAGUAUCUGGAGUUGUCCAUCUUACUUAUAUAGCAGGAGGGAGAGAGUGGAGAGAUAGAGUAUCUGAAACUGUUUAAUCAGUAGA